AUGUGGGGACAGAGCAUCCAGAGGUUCAUGACCUCUGUGGUCCGUAGAAGCCACUAUGACUAUGGCCCAGGGAAGAAUCUGCCAUUUUCAGUGGAAAGCAAGUGGCAAUUACUCAUUAUGAUGACUCUGUACUUUGGAUCUGGAUUUGCUACACCUUUCUUUAUAGUACGACACCAACUGCUUAAGAAAUAAGGAUGUUGGGAACCAGCAGUUAGUGUGA